UUCUCGCCGUCUGGAAAGUAGGCCAUAUAAACAUCACAGAGGUCAGCCUGCUUGCCAUCCAGAAAGGUGCGAGUGACUAGUUUAUGACCCUGCAAAGUCAUAGCCGGUAUCGGAAUCGACUCGUCCGCUUCUUCAUCGGGCUGUUUUGCCAGUUAUCUGGAUGUGUUCGAACGACUGAUUCUAAGUUCUCCUCCUUGUAUGCCGUUGUCCUGACGUUGAUGGUGAUUUUAACAAUGUCGACCUCGUUCGAGUGCUGCGUCACUUUCCCUGCUAGGGCUAAUUGUCAGUUUGUCCGAGCUGGAAGUUGAGAUGGGAUUUAAAUAUCACCAAGAGAGGGCUGCAAUCGCGAUAAUGAUAAGCAUAAAGGCGCAUCUCAUGUCUCUUAACAAGCUCUUUCCUGUCCAUGGCACAGCAUGUCCUCUU